UUUUUCUCGUCACAUGAAUCAUACUUACUGACCCCUCGUCAACAACAUCUCGUAGAAAAGUAGAAAGUGCCAAUCUAGCACUACUGUUCUUCAUGUCAAUUCGUCCUGUUGCGUCUUUGUUCUUUACAACCCUGAAUUAAUGUUUAAUUCAAUGGGCCAAUCUUCAAACAAUAUUGUCUCUUUUGAUUGCUGGAAAAAGAAAGGAGAUGAAAUCUUCCAUCAAACUGUGCGGAACGAUCAUCUUGCAUCGGUUGUUUACGUGCACAGGAUGAGCCAGGCUUUGUCUUACUAUUACAAGGCUUCCUCUCUUGCUAUCUCUGCGGAUGAAAAGGCGACGAUUACCAAUUGUUUGGGAGUGUUACAGUUCAGAUGUGGUAAACGACUUUACAGCAAUUACAAGAUCAACAUCUCCACGUUGCCAAAAAGUGAUCAUAAAGAUGCCCGACUGCUGAUUGAGUAUUAUUUGAAAGAGGCUUUAAUCCAGUUUGAACGUGCAUGGAAGUUCAGUGAUAAUGACAUGAAAUUUCCUGAAUGGAGGGACAAUCUGCUCAAAACUUGGUCGGAGUGUGUUACACUCCUGCUGGACGUCGUCGUUCAGUAUGUUGAAAAUACCGAAGAGCUUUUCUCUGACCAAGUUUGCAGAUUCGAAGUUUUUCUUCAAACUAUCGAAGGUUUUUCCCGGGGAUUUUUUUACUUCUGCAUUGCUGACAUGAUUUGUGAAGAAGCUGCCGAAUUGCAAGCGGCGGGCGACCAUCGCAAUUCCGUCAAACUGUUGCGGGACAAUCCAUCUCGUGUCGAGCACGCUAAAAAAGCGUUUAACGAUGCAAAAUUUAAUUAUUUGAUUUCUGAAAUGGAAGAACUACGAUUGACUUCCGAGAAGUUAUUGAACGUCGCUGAAUCGUUGUUUGCGAAAGAGAAAGGCGAUGCUUGCUGGAUUUCGAUAAAGGUGUCGCUGAACGAGACUCUGAGCGAACGUGUUGCAUCUCAAGAUUCGGAGGAACUGCCAGAUUAUGUGUUGACUGCAGUCGAUUGGUACAAGACUGCCAUUAACCUUGCUCAUUCGGGACAAUCGCUGGAAGCUGAGGCCAAAGCUCAUGUUCAACUAGGUCAAAUCUACGAGGGAAGAAUAAAUGACAAAAGCCUUAAACAUUACGAGAUGGCAGAGAAACUUGCAAUUGAAAUUGGAAUUGCCAUAAACGAAGAAUGGUAUCGCCCCUGUUUAAAAGGAUUGAACAGAUUGAAAACCCUGCGACAAUGGCAAGAAAACAAGGAUCGUGAGAGUCUCCGUGCACCUGUCCGUAAGCAAUUAGCUACCCAGCUGGCUGAACUGGAAUUGGCCGGAAGAAGACCUAUCGAAGAAUUCAUCACUUUUAUUUACCAAAAGUAUCCGCCCAAGGGUCAUGGUAUGGAGAAACCAGCGGGGAACAAUUGGAAGAUGAAUCUAAGAAAAGCUCUGCUUCAUUAUCAUCCCGAUAAGCAAAAUCUACAUCGGUUUGGCCUUCAUUGGAUGGUUUUGGCUGAAGAAAUAACUGUUGUGCUGAAUCGUCAGUUUGCGCGUCUUUUUAAAAAUUGAUAAUUUUUUUUUUUUACAUAUUUCUGCAUCGUGUUGUCAAGCUAUUACUUUCGAAUCAAGAGAUUUAUGCUU